GCGUCCCUGCUGCUGGGGUGUGAUUGGAGGGAAACCCCGUGGACUCGACAUUCAGACCGGUUGUGAGAGAAGCAGCUGUGUAACGUAGCUAGCGAGCCACACCGACAACACCACUAGCCCUUUGCACUCAGUCCUGAGUAGCCAUGGUUGACAAGAGCGAGGUGGUUCAGAAGGAGCUGGUCCAGAAGGCCAAGCUGGCGGAGCAGGCCGAGCGCUACGACGACAUGGCGGCCUCCAUGAAGGCUGUGACGGAGGAAGGCACCCAGUUGUCCAACGAGGAGCGGAACCUCCUCUCUGUGGCCUAUAAGAACGUGGUGGGCGCUCGGCGUUCCUCCUGGAGGGUGGUGUCCAGCAUCGAGCAGAAGACUGAGGGCAGCGAGAAGAAGCAGGCCAUGGCCAAGGAGUACAGGGAGAAGAUAGAGAAGGAACUGAAGGAGAUCUGUAACGAUGUGCUGGGUCUUCUGAACCAGUUCCUCAUCCCCAAUGCUACUCCGGCCGAGAGUAAAGUGUUCUAUUUGAAAAUGAAAGGAGAUUACUACCGCUACUUAGCCGAGGUGGCGGUUGAGAGGAGAAAGCCGGUAAGCCCUGUGAUAACCAUCAUCGGUAACUCCCAGGAGGCCUAUAAGGAUGCGUUUGAGAUCAGCAAGAAGGACAUGCAACCCACCCACCCGAUUCGUCUGGGCCUGGCUCUCAACUUCUCUGUCUUCUACUACGAGAUCCUCAACUCCCCCGAGCAGGCCUGCAAACUGGCCAAGACGGCAUUCGAUGACGCUAUUGCAGAGCUGGAUUCUCUGAGUGAAGACUCCUACAAAGACAGCACCUUGAUCAUGCAGCUACUGAGAGACAACUUGACACUGUGGACCUCAGACAACCAGGGAGAUGGAGAGGAUGCUGAGGAGGGUAGAGACUGACCUGGUUCCUGUUCCCUGGUCUGUCUGUCUGACUGACUGACUCAUCAUCCUCUAUCUAUCAACACUGAGACAGACAGACUGACCACCUCAUCCUGCCCAACGCUUCUCUUUAGUUCUGUCUGUCACGUCGUAUCACACCUCCAUACGUUUACUCUUCUUUCGGGAAUCAUUGUGGGAGGGGUUGCUUUCCAGGACUUGGUUGUGGGAGGGGUUGCUUUCCAGGACUUGGUUGUGGGAGGGGUUGCUUUCUAGGACUUGGUUGUGGGAGGGGUUGCUUUCUAGGACUUGGUUGUGGGAGGGGUUGCUUUCCAGGACUUGGUUGUGGGAGGGGUUGCUUUCCAGGACUUGGUUGUGGGAGGGGUUGCUUUCCAGGACUUGGUUGUGGGAGGGGUUUCUUUCCAGGACUUGGUUGUGGGAGGGGUUUCUUUCCAGGACUUGGUUGUGGGAGGGGUUUCUUUCCAGGACUUGGUUGUGGGAGGGGUUUCGUUCCAGGACUUGGUUGUGGGAGGGGUUUCGUUCCAGGACUUGGUUGUGGGAGGUGUUUCGUUCCAGGACUUGGUUGUGGGAGGGGUUUCGUUCCAGGACUUGGUUGUGGGAGGGGUUUCGUUCCAGGACUUGGUUGUGGGAGUUGUUGCUUUCCAGGACUUGGUUGUGGGAGGCGUUUUGGGACGUAUAUUAUGGUAUGUUGGGGGAGGGACUUGUCUACUGAGCGUAUAAUUAUUUGUGGGCGGAGCAACAGGGUGUUACAUGUGGGUUGACGGGGGAGGGGAAGUUCUCAACUCAUGCAAUUAACCUGGUCUAGUCCUCUACCUGUGUUCAGGUUGGGAAUGAACCUGGUCUAGUCCUCUACCUGUGUUCAGGUUGGGAAUGAACCUGGUCUAGUCCUCUACCUGUGUUCAGGUUGGGAAUUAACCUGGUUUAGUCCUCUACCUGUGUUCAGGUUGGGAACUAACCUGGUCUAGUCCUCUACCUGUGUUCAGGUUGGGAACUAACCUGGUCUAGUCCUCUACCUGUGUUCAGGUUGGGAAUUAACCUGGUCUAGUCCUCUACCUGUGUUCAGGUUGGGAAUUAACCUGGUCUAGUCCUCUACCUGUGUUCAGGUUGGGAAUUAACCUGGUCUAGUCCUCUACCUGUGUUCAGGUUGGGAAUUAACCUGGUCUAGUCCUCUACCUGUGUUCAGGUUGGGAAUUAACCUGGUCUAGUCCUCUACCUGUGUUCAGGUUGGGAAUGAACCUGGUCUAGUCCUCUACCUGUGUUCAGGUUGGGAAUGAACCUGGUCUAGUCCUCUACCUGUGUUCAGGUUGGGAAUGAACCUGGUCUAGUCCUCUACCUGUGUUCAGGUUGGGAAUGAACCUGGUCUAGUCCUCUACCUGUGUUCAGGUUGGGAAUUAACCUGGUCUAGUCCUCUACCUGUGUUCAGGUUGGGAAUUAACCUGGUCUAGUCCUCUACCUGUGUUCAGGUUGGGAAUGAACCUGGUCUAGUCCUCUACCUGUGUUCAGGUUGGGAAUGAACCUGGUCUAGUCCUCUACCUGUGUUCAGGUUGGGAAUGAACCUGGUCUAGUCCUCUACCUGUGUUCAGGUUGGGAAUGAACCUGGUCUAGUCCUCUACCUGUGUUCAGGUUGGGAAUGAACCUGGUCUAGUCCUCUACCUGUGUUCAGGUUGGGAAUGAACCUGGUCUAGUCCUCUACCUGUGUUCAGGUUGGGAAUGAACCUGGUCUAGUCCUCUACCUGUCUACAUGGUAAAGAUCUUGUGCUUGACAACAUUGCUUGAUUCAUUUGUGGUUCGACUUCAGUUUCUCUUGCUUGGAGGAGACAGCAGCGAGCGGUUGUAGUCUGUAGCCAGGCGACUGACGGCAGGAGCAUUAGGGGAUAGUCCUGAGGCGUCUUAUCGAUGGUGGGUUGGCGUGGUCCUUGUGCUGCUCCCCAAAUGGCACCCUAUUCCCUAUAAAGUACACUACUUUUAGACCAGAACCCUAUGGACCUUGGUCAAACACCUGUGCACUAUGUAGGGAAUAGGGUUCCAGUAGUGCACUAUGUAGGGAAUAGGGUUCCAGUAGUGCACUAUGUAGGGAGUAGGGUUCCAGUAGUGCACUAUGUAGGGUUCCAGCUGAGAGGAAAACCUUGGAUAGUGAUGUUACAUUCCAUUAAACUGUCACUGUUCUGCUUCAGCUUCUUCUUCUUCUUCUUCAGUUUCACUGACCUGCUAACGCCAUUUUGUAUUUCUGUGUCAAGUAGGAGGUUUGGGAAAAGUCUAGAACAAAGAGGACACCUAAUACUCAGACUGUUUUAAACCAGCAGAGCGAGGAAGAAUUUUCCCUCGUUGUUCAUCUAGUUGCUGCUUCUUCUUUCCCCAGUUGAGGUUUUUAUUUUCAUUUGAGGGUUUUCUUUUGCUGCUUGCGGUUCAGAACUAGUUAACGGGGAGAAAAGGGAGGUUGUUGUCGGGCUGGUUGUCUUUGUCCAUGUCUUUUUUGGAAAUUUUCAUACGAAACACCCAAGCAUAACUGUUAUUUCAUGUAUGUGGAAUUAAAAAGAUAAUUUAAAAGUU